UUAACAAGCGCAGUCCAUUUUAUAAGCUACAGUCAAGGAAGGAUGCUUUGUGGGCUGAAAUAGGAAGGGAAUUAAACGCAAGUGGUAAGUUGCUAUGUUAUUUACAACUGUUUAUGUUUUUAAUAAUAAUUAAUUAUUUUUAUAAAGGAGAAAUGUGUCGCCGAAGAUGGCUGACACUUCGCGACCGGUAUGGGCGGGAAGUGCGGAAGGCUAACGCCCCCAGCGGCAGCGGGAUGGAGGUCCAAAGACAGUGGCAUUUGCUGAACGCGAUGAAGUUUAUUCAGCCACACAUUGUACCACGGCCGAUUAGAUUCUCACAAAAUAUUUGUGAAAUUGAACAGAGACAGUUGCCGAUUGCAACUGAAGACAGUGGACUGCAGCCACAUGUCCAUGUGCAGGAGGUGGAAGUGCCAUCACCGCUAUGGCCCAAACCACUAAUAGUAUCCCUGCCGUCGCCAUCUCCACCUGUCGCCGUGGUGCCAUCGCCUCCUGUCGCCGUGCCGCCAUCACCGACUGCUUCCUCAUCCACCUCGCUUCCCUCACCAUCCUGCUCUACGCAGGUGGCUACCCAAAAGGGCAGAAAGCGAGGCCAAUCUGGGCCAACUAACAGCGAGGUUGACAAGAAGAUGAUAGAAGCCAUUGACAUUUUUAAAAAGAGAUGGUCAACGCAAGCCAUCAUGCCGGUCCAACAACAACAACAAUCAACAAGUCCGGCUGUGCAAUCGUUCAGCACUUUAGCCGUGUCCAUUUUAAACAAAAUGGAUGAGGCAAAGCAAGUUAGGGCUAUUGAAAAAAUGUUGGAGGCUGCGUUUGCAGUGCAGAGGGGAGAAUGA